AGGCUGACAGCUGGGGGCCCUGUCCACCAGGGCGGUCCCUCCAGAGCAUCGAGCACAGCUCAUACCCACCGAGCAGAGGUCACAGAGGACUGGAUGGGUCAGGGUGGUCCUGGGGCCCACACGGGCAUCGACUGUGGCCUUGUUCAGGUGUGUGGGUCUGGGAGGUGUGGCCCUGGAUGCAGGUGGGGCAGAAGGUCAGCCCCAUGAGACUGGGGAGUGGGCAGCGGAGCCACCGGCUGCCCCGAGGGACCAGGCACAGGACGAGGCGUGUUCUCUCCGAGAUGCUGGUGUGGUCAAGCGUCCACAUAAGUUUUCUAACCAGAAGCUCUUCUCGCAGAACAAACCAGCCACUGGACUACCAUCGGGAGGUUUCUGUAGCUGCCCCCUGCGCCCCCCAGGUGGAGAUGCCUCAGCACUCGAUGGGGGACAAGCCUCAGCUGGUCUUCCCAAGCCAACCCUCAGCCGCGGAUGGCGGGUGCGGCCACGGACCCCCCAGCGGGCUGGCAUCCCUCGGCUCACCCCGGAGCCACGGCACCCUGGGUCCUGCCAUGCGCAGCCCCCUGGACGCCUGCAGCCAGCCACUGUGCCCGCCACAGGCUGAGAAGCACGGCCCCCGGGCGCCCCCCGAGAUGUGCUACGUGGCGGCCAGGCCGCAGAGCGUGGCGUGCGGCUGGGGGGCCUUCGCUCCCAGGUGCCUGCAGGCCUUCAACACGCCCCGCGGCUUCCUGCUCUUCCUGUGUGCGGCGGCCUUCCUGCAGGGCAUGACCGUGAACGGCUUCGUCAACACCGUGGUCACCUCCAUCGAGCGCCGCUUCGACCUGCACAGCCACCAGAGCGGCCUCAUCGCCAGCUGCUACGACGUGGCCGCCUGCCUGUGCCUCACCUUCGUCAGCUACUUCGGGGGCGGCGGACACAAGCCCCGAUGGCUGGGCUGGGGCGUGCUGGUCCUGGGCGCCGGCUCGCUGCUGUUCGCGCUGCCGCACUUUACAGCGGGCACCUACGAGGCCGAGAUGGCCGAGGGCGUGGGGACGUGCCAGGCCAACCGCAGUGUGGUGUGCCGGGACCGCGCCUCGGGCCUGUCCGGAUACCGGCUGGUCUUCAUGCUGGGCCAGUUCCUGCACGGCGUGGGCGCCACGCCACUCUACACGCUGGGCGUCACCUAUCUGGACGAGAACGUCAAGUCCAGCUACUCCCCGGUCUACAUCGCCGUCUUCUACACGGCCGCCAUCCUCGGCCCAGCCGCCGGCUACCUGAUCGGAGGCGCCCUGCUGAAUAUUUACACCGAAAUCGGCCGCCAGACGGAGCUGACCACCGAGAACCCACUGUGGGUCGGCGCCUGGUGGGUGGGCUUCCUGGGGGCGGGGGCCGCCGCCUUCCUCACCGCCAUCCCCAUCCUCGGCUACCCCCGGCAGCUGCCAGGCUCCCAACGCUACCUGGUCAUGAGAGUGUCUGAAACACAGCAGUUGAAGGACAGCGGCCACAAGGCUGCCAGCAACCCUGACUUCGGGAAAACCAUCAGAGAUCUGCCUCUCUCCAUCUGGCUCCUCCUGAAAAACCCUGCAUUCGUCCUGCUGUGUCUGGCUGGGGCCACCGAGGCCACGCUUGUCGCCGGCAUGUCCACCUUUGGCCCCAAGUUCCUGGAGUCCCAGCUUAGCCUGAGUGCCUCAGAAGCCGCCACCUUGUUUGGGUACCUGGUGGUGCCAGCAGGCGGCGGUGGGACGUUUCUGGGCGGCUUCCUUGUGAACAAGUGCAGGCUCCGCGGUGCGGGCGUCGUCAAGCUGUGUGCGCUCUGCACCCUGACCAGCCUGCUGGCCACCUUCGUGUUCUUCGUCCAGUGCCCCAGCACGCCCAUGGCGGGCGUGACGGCCAACUACAACGGCAGCCCCCUGCCCGAAGGCCGCCUGGAGCUGACGGCCGCCUGCAACGCCCCGUGCGCCUGUCGCCCCGAGCACUACAGCCCCGUGUGCGGCUCCAACGGCCUCACCUACUACUCCCCCUGCCACGCGGGCUGCCCUGGAGAGGCGGCGCCCGGCGCGGACGGCCGGAAGGCAUACCGAGGCUGUAGCUGCGUCCCUCAGGAGUUUUCCUCUGGUUCUGGCCAUGCUACUGCAGGGAAAUGCACUUCAACUUGUCAGAGAAAGCCCCUCCUUCUGGUUUUCAUAUUCGCUGUAAUUAUCUUUACAUUCCUCAGCAGCAUCCCUGCACUGACGGCAACGCUACGGUGUGUCUGUGACCGGCAGAGAUCCUUUGCACUGGGAAUCCAGUGGAUUGUGGUUAGAACUCUAGGGGGCAUCCCAGGGCCCAUCGCCUUCGGCUGGGUGAUUGACAAGGCGUGCCUGCUCUGGCAGGACCAGUGUGGGCAGCAAGGCUCCUGCUUCGUGUACCAGAACUCGGCCAUGAGCCGCUACAUGCUCAUCACUGGGCUGGUGUACAAGGUGAGAGAGGCGGCAGCUGGCCCGCGCGGCCCCGAGGGAGCUCCAGAGUCCGAUCCAGGAGGCCGAGUGUCUUCUCCAGCUAGCUCAGGGGUCCAGGCGCCCCACGGGGGCCUUCCCGCAGCUCAGAGCCCCUGCUCGACCCUGCCGGGCUUGUGUCCAGGAGCAGGGUCCUUUCCAAGUUAGAGCAGUCGUGGUCGGGGCCACCAAGCCCUGCUGCUGGGGACACUCCCCGGCCCCACUGUCCGGCCUUCACCCCACAGCUUGGCGGGCAGCCCUGGGGCUCCGGUCAGCUGCGGCUCUGCAGAAAUGAAAGCCAGCUCGUUGCGUGAGUGCAUUCUGGCAGGCCUGUUCCCGGCUCGGCAGGGGCGGCCUGCUGGGUCCGUCCAGGAGCGGCUCCCUCUUCGUCUAGCCUUCCUGGGCCUUAGGCUGCUGUCCCUCUCCUCAGCUCGACCCCGUUAGGAGAAACUCCUGCUGGGACCCUUGGCUCACGAUGCCUGGGGACAAGUGUAUUAUUAAUAGUUUGAAUUUUGCCCGAUUGGUGGAAAAGGCCCAAAACCUUCAAACUAACGGGAAAUGCUCAGGCCAGUCCGUAAGGGCGUUUUGAUUUCCUUCUGUGGGGGGAGGGGUGCUCCAGGGUGCUCUUGCCUCGAGCUUUUCUUCAAGGGCCUCGAGGAUGCUGGAGGCUCCUCGGGCCCCUGGGUUGAUGUCGCCGGGUGUGAGCAGGGUUUGUGCAGCUCUGGAGGUCAGCACUGGUCAGCUGUGAAGUCACACCCGGUUCAGGGGGCUGCUCCUUGCUUCUGUGCCCUGUGGUCCCUCUGCCCAGAGCAGCGGGCCAGACCUGGGACGUCCACCCACCCAGACAACCACGCCUGGGCGUCGGCACGAGGGCUGGGAGCGCUCGGAACAUCUGGGGUAGUUUCAGCCGGAGGAGCAGACAGGUUCAUGCGUCCCAGCCGGUCACCAUCCCAAAGUGGAAGCGGCUUCAGGCCUGUCAGGCUGAGUGACACUCCAGCAAGCAGCAUGGGCGUUCCCACUGAAACCGGCAUUUACACGUUAAAACGCACGCGUGUACCUGCGCCCAGUGCCCUCCGCGUGGGAGCCCUGCAGGGCCGUGAGCUCCGUGCGCCUGGGGCCUGGUAAAGCAGCCUCAGCAACGCUGAGCGAGGGCCACAAACCCGGGGCUGAAAACUGCAAAUAUUUACUGUUUCCUUGGCUCUAGAGGUCAGAGGCCCCACACCCACGGGGGCGGGGUCCGUUCCCUCAGCGAGCUCUGC